GAGCUUUCUUACCUGUGCUCCAUUUGUGUUGACAGAGCAGACCGAGGACCUCGUCCACAUCUUCAGUAAAAACUACCAGGAUAUCAAGUCAGAACAAGGAAGUGAUGGAAAUUGCAAAGAAAAAUCAAGACCUCACCACAGCCGAGGAGAUGAGAACCCAAACCAAGCUUGUGAUGCAACCGUAUGCUAACUGGGAGGAGUAUCUGACUCCUGCUCCACUCUCUGUAGCCAUCCUGGGAGAGCUGGUCUUCAUCUCCUCUAAAACUGAUUUCUCCAUCAACAAGAACCCACCUAAAGGUGGCUACAAGUUCAUCAGAUACCCAGAGUCAUUUCGUGCCUGCCUCAUGCAGGUGUGUAACUCAGGCUGGUGGGCUUUCAAUGUGGCCCAUAAGAACAUGGAUCAGAUUAGACUCCACACCAUGGCAGUUCCAGAUUACAUGAAGACGGCUGUGAAGAUCCUGUUCCAAGGCAAUGAUGAGGUUGUUGAAGCCCACCUCCCUGACCAGCUGGAGAACAUCCGUGUCAUUGCAGAUGACUGUCUUGAGCUGGCCAGUUCAACAGAAAAACAUUUUGAAGAUGUCAUCAACAUUAUCCAAGAACUGCUGGAAGCAUGUGUAAAUGCUGAGCACUUUUAUGGAGAGGAGCUGGAUGCUAUCAAGAAGAAACUGGAUGAGACCAAGCUGAGGAAACAGUCAUCAGAAGAAGCUGCUAAACGCUCAGAGAAAGCAAUGAAGGAUAUGGAAAAGCAACUGAGCGAAGCACAUGAAACAUACAAGAGUGCAAUGGAUUCAUUACCCAGUGGAUGGGACAUGAUAGGGAUGGAUUUGGUUGAAGGCAUAACUGAAGGCAUCACAACUCUGAUUCAUGGAAUAACAUCAAUAGGAUCUGUACUAUUUGCACAGAUGUCUUCUAAAGGAACUCAGUUAAAAGGUCAAGAAUCUGAUGCUGAUUGCUUUGAUGAAAUUAAUAUUUAUAGUAAAUCUGCAGAAAUCCUGAGAUGCACAGAGGAAAUUCAAAAGUUUGUGAAGGACAACACAAUCAACUGGAAAGAUCUGUAUGAUCAAAAACACAAAAUUACAAAAACAAAAUUCCAGGCAGAUCAGUUCAAACGAAUCAGGGAGAGUUUAAAUAGAAGCCCAAAUUGUAAAGCAAAAGAGGAAGCUCUAAACCUAUGUAACAAAGGCAUUGAGAUCUGUGAAGAAAUAGCAAAGUAUGCACCAGAGGAGAAAUGUGAUGAAGCCAAAACAAAGGAGUUGAUUGAAAUGAUCAGAAAACUGAAUGAAUCAGCUCGCAGUUUCAACAGCAAAAGUAAAGCUGUUACAAAUUCUCCUGCUCUGACUCCCAAACCACCAAUGAUGUACAAAGAAGAAAGUAAAUCUGGGAAAGCUUCAGAAAGGGCAUCAGAGAAUGCCAGGUUCCGCAUAGAGCAGAGCCGUGCUCAACUGGACAAGACCAGAGAGAUGUAUGAGAAGAGUGUAGAGAACAUGGAGAAGAACCAGAAGGAGCUGACUGAAAUCCUGAUCACCAUGAGGAGCUGUGAGGUCAAAGAGAUAGACUUUAACACCACUAUACAAAUGCUGGUUAAGGGUAUGGAUGCCAUGGGGAGAGUGAAGGAGCAGUGGGAGAAGAUGGUACACUUCUUUCAGAUGGUGUCCAACAUUGUGAAAAUCAGUCUGACCAAAACCCUUAAAGAUUUUGUCUCCACAUCUGAGAAGACACAGAAACUUUCCUAUAAUGCAAAGCUCUUCUCCAAAGAUCUGCUCUACAAUCAAGCCUGUCAAGCCUCUAACAUCGCCAGCCUUGUCAACAUGAUCUCUGCAACCUACACUGAGGUGUCCACCAAGCACCUCAUGGAUCGUGUCAGCUCUCUGGGAAAACUGAUGGCCAUGGACAAGGAAAAGCCAGAGUUUCAGUCAGAGGUGGAGCAGUUACGGAACUCCUGUGAUGGGGCUCAGAGAGCCAUCUUAGCUCUUGUCCUCAAGAACAAGAAGGAGUUUGAAGAGAAGAGUCGUGCAAGACUGGAGAAGAUCGAUAAAGAGUUGCUCGCCAUUCUCCCUGCUGCUUCUCCAGAAGAGAUGAAGAGCAUUGAAACAGCUGUUAAAAGUGGAUUUACAGAGGAAGAGGAAGCAGCUUAUGUCUGAUUGAAUAAACAAAAAUCAUUCUUCUCUACAAUUCCAUUCAAAACCUUAAAGCACAUGUAACAAUGAUAUUUAAUAAUAAUAAUAAUUACUAUAGAGUUAAUAAUUUCUAAAAAAAAAAAUAAAAGCUGAUACUGCUUCUUUCCAGCAUAAUUAAUGUCUGUGAUUUAUAUGUUCAGUAAAGUCUAUGUAAUAUUAACACAUUUAACACUGCAUGCUGAAUAAGAAAUAUCAUUUGAAUUAAACACAAUUUCACAAAAAGCAGCUUUGAUUUUAUAAAGUAAUUAUGCUGAAAUAUAUUCUCUUUCUGAUCAGUGGAAUUAUAAUUAUAAGUAACUCAUUGCAAGAUUCAUGUAAAAUCUCUAAAGUGCUUGCACUGAAUAAAUAUAUUUUUCGGCUUGUAUAAAGGUG